AGGUAAUGUUGGCAACUUGUUCCAACAGGAGAAAACCGGUAGCCAUGAAGGUGAUAGACAAAGCCGAGGAUGAAAGAUCUAUUGUCAAGGAGGUGCGACUAAUGAGGAUGGCUUCUGGAUGCCCAUUCCUCUGUCACGCGCAUACAGCUUUCCAAACAAAGCUGACUGCAUGCAUUGUGAUGGAGUAUGCCAGUGGAAACAGCUUGAAGAAAUUCAUUAAGGGCACAGGGAAACUGAAGACGGACGAUAUUAUAUUCUACGCAGCAGAGAUCAUAUGCGGCCUGCAGUUCCUCCACGCCAAUGGGAUUGUCCAUCGGGACAUCAAACUGGGUAACAUCCUGUUGACCGGCGAGGGACACAUAAAGAUCUCCGACUUUGGUUUGGCUGUAGAGGGAAUGUUUGGCCAGAGGAAAGUUAAAGGCAAGGCUGGAACAUUGAAAUACAUGGCCCCAGAGGUGAGUUGCUCUGAAUAAAAUUAUAUAGCUCAGAUGAAUUAGAGAAUCU